AUGCCCAAGAAGCGUCGGACAGCUAUAAGGGCAGCUGCCACACCCAAAAAAGAGGCUGCCCCGAAGCAUAACCCUGAAGACUCCGAUGUAGAAAUGCCCGAUGCACCUGUGUCUCCAUCCAAUGCCGAAGCGGACCAAGAAGAGGAGGAAGCUGAACAGGAGGAAGACACAGACGAGCAGAUUGCUGGACAAGAACCAGUUGAGCCCACGGACGAAGAAGCAGCUCAAACCCCGGCCCAGGAGCAAGAACAGGAUCAGGAACCAGAUCGAGAAGAUGCUGAAGGCGAUGAUGAGCAAGAACCCACCGUCCCAUCCACGCCCUUACCAGAGUCCGGAGAGCCAUCACGUCAAGAUACGCCGUCGCGCACUCCCGGACGGAUGUCCGCCAUACCUCCCGGACCGCGACGACGUCGUCCCGGUCGCCCGCCGAAGAAUAGACCUCCGGAUUGGGAAGCGCCUGAGCCAAGCGAACCUCGCGAUGCGAAUGCGCCGCCGCGGAAAAGAGGUCGUGGCCGUCCGUCCGCUGGGGGAAGGUGGGCCAAGUCAAGGGGUGGACCGUCGCAUGUUACCCAGGUCCCUGUUGACAAGGAAGGAAAUAUGAUGAAUGUGAUCAACGACGAAGUAGACUUGCCGGAGGACCCGGAAGGCGAACAAAAAGUGGACAAGCUUGGGAAUUUGCUUGGUGGUCGCGAAUACCGGGUGCGCACGUUUACGAUUCUCGACAGGGGUGAGAGACAUUAUAUGUUGUCGACGGAGCCAGCCCGAUGUAUUGGGUUCCGAGAUUCAUAUCUGUUCUUCCAGAAACACAAAUUGCUGUAUAAGAUCAUCAUUGAUGAUGAUGCGAAGCGGAAUUUGAUUGAGAGAGAUAUCAUUCCACAUUCAUACAAGGGCCGUGCGAUUGGUGUUGUCACGGCGCGCUCGGUGUUUAGAGAAUUUGGUGCAAAAAUUAUCAUAGGUGGCCGGAAGGUCAUUGAUGAUUAUCAUGCACAAGCUGCUCGGGAGCGUGGGGAUGUUGAGGGCGAGCUAGCCGUGCCAGAGGAUAUAUUACCUGGGCCUGGCGAGACUUAUGAUCGUAACCGCUAUGUUGCGUGGCACGGAGCAAGCAGUGUUUAUCAUUCUGGUGCACCAUCAGUCCCAAUGCCUGCUGGAAAAGUGAUGGAUGCAAAGAAGAAAAAGGUUGUUGUGACUGGUGAUAAUUGGAUGGUUGAACAUGCUAGGGCAAGCAGUGCAUUCAAUUCUUCCCUUGCCAAUUUUCGCCGCGAAGCCUCGAAAGGGGUUUAUGAUAUCCAUACCAACCAAAUGCUCUAUCCAAAAGACAUGCAGCCAUCGUACAUCCGCGUCGAGCGCGUUGCGCACGAAGAAGAGAGCGCGGCGGAGAAAUCGAAGCUGAUUGACAGCGCGAAUAGAGAGCUACAGCGUCUAAAGCUUUCCGCACCCGACUCCCCAGCCAUCAACGGCGUCGCCAGUGAAGACAGCACCCAUACGGGCGCUAAUUCUAUCGCGGUUGACGGCGACGAAAACUCCACUCCUGCGCCCAACGCUACCACAGCCGACGCUAAAUCCGCAUCUACAACCAUCUUUCCCCCCGUAGCAUCUCGCGUUGCGCGCCACUUUGCAGUUCAGGACGUUUACUACGAGACUCCGGCGUACACGGCCCUCGGCUCUCCGGGACCGAAUAGCAGCGGGCAUUCCAACGGUCUGAUCACUAUUGACCCGAACAAUGGCAAUCCAGUAUUCAACAUGGAUCCGGAGAUACUCAAGGAACUCCCGCCAGAUUGUCGUGAGGCAUAUAUUGAUGCGGCGAUGAAGGAGUUUGAGUGGAAGAGGCAGUUUACUCACGUUGGGUCGGAUCGGGGAUUUACUAGGCCGAGGAUGAGCUAUGCGUACCAUCAAUGA